AUGGGACACCCUGAGGGGAGCGGGACACUCUGAGGGGAGCGGGAUCCGAUUAAACGCUGAGGAGAGCGGAGCCCCUGGGGCAACGGGACAGCCUGAGGGGAGCGGGACACUCUGAGGGGAUCCGAACUCUCCUCAAGUCCUGAGGGCGUUGGGGUCACCUGAAGCGCUGAGGGGAGCGGGACCCCCGAGGUGCCGAGGGCAGCGGGGCGCCCUGAGGGCUGAAGGCUCUCCCGAAAGGACCCCCGGGUUCCCCUGAGGGCGUGGGGAUCCCCCUGAGGGCGUGGGGAUCCCCCUGAGGUGCUGACGGGGCCAGAGGCGCUCGGGCGGAGCUCGGCAGCCCUGCGGAGCUGUGCGGGCGGGGCCGGGGUCCCUCAGCCUGGUCCUGUGUGUGGAACUCCCUCGGCACAGCUCUGGGUGCCGUGCCCGGGGCCGAGGAAAUGCCAUUAAAUCUUACUGGUUUCACCUGAAAAAUCCCUUAGGGGUAGAUGGAGAACGUUAAGGUCACGGAUCCAUAACAGUGUGGGGUUUUCUUACCUAUACCUCAUCCUGGCAACAAAUUGUUUGUGGAGCUGAGGAUCGGAGGAAAAAAAAAAAAAAAACCAACCCGAACUUGCAGCUGUAGGCUGAGCAAUAAUUAAAGUGUUCAGGCAGGUUGUAAUCUUUAUGCAACAAAAUGAAGCCUUGUUAUUCGGGUUGAAGUUAAGUGUAGCAUGAGCUGUCCUUAUUAAAAAAAAAAAAAAAAAAAAGUGCUCUUCCAAGAACUUAGAAUGUGGAUUCCUAAAGUGUAGAGAGGUAAGGACUUAGGAAAAGGGUAACUUUUCUCAGUUUUUAAUGUCUGUUAGUAGACCUGAUGUAUGUUUUGACCGUAAUUAAAGACAGUUUGCUCAAGGGAUUUUGUUGCUUUUUGAAUGAAAUUAUAGAAUGUAGCAUUUAAAACGUUGAGCAACAUAGUUAUAAGGUGUUUUUUUCACGGGUAGGCAAAAAAAAAAUUUAGAAAAAAAUUACUGAUUGCUGCAGUUUGAGUACAUAACUUUUCUAAUAUUGCUGGUAGAAUAACACUUCUGGAUUUGCCCCUUUGUGUGGUGAGCGUUCACACCUGCCAGCUUUCUGUGCAUUCUGUGAAUCUUUAGAGCUAAACACUGCUCUUGAGAAAGCUGAAAGUGUCUGGGUUUUGUUCCAGGUGCUGCUGCUGUGAAAGAUGAGGCUGAAUGAGAGCCGGACAAGACCUUUCCAGGCUCCUGCCUCUGUCCACACCUUCCCGGGCAGGCAGGUGUUCGUGUUCCCCAAUGGCCGCUCCGACUCAGAGGAGUCCUCGGAGGAGGAGCUGAACGUGAUGGAGCUGCGGCCCAGGGGCAAGGAGCAGGCGCGGGGCAGCGGCCGGGCCCGGCUGGGGGACGUGGUGCUGCUGGAGAGGGAGCUCACGCAGGAGGACAGCCUCAACAAGCUGGCCCUGCAGUACGGCUGCAAGGUUGCGGAUAUCAAACGCGUCAACAACUUCAUCCGGGAGCAGGACCUGUACGCGCUGAAGUCCAUCAAGAUCCCGGUGCGGCCGCACGGGCUGCUCACGGAGAGCGCCGGGGCGCUGCGGCCGCCCCCGGCGGGGCCCGCCCAGCCCGGCCUGACGCGCCUGGAGCCGCCGGAGCCCGACCCCGGCGCGGGCGGCUCCGCCGACGGCCAGCGUCUCAGCGAGUACUUCAGGGGCAUCGACCAGAGCAUCCAGGACGCCGUGCAGGUGGAGGUGCAGCUGAACGCGCAGUACGGCGGGGAGGGGCUGAAGAGGCCCCUGCCCGAGGCAGGGAAGCGGGACGCUGGGAACGGUGCGGACUGCGGAAUCCAGUGGUGGAACGCCGUGUUCAUUAUGCUCCUGAUAGGAAUCGUCCUGCCGGUGUUCUAUAUCAUCUAUUUUAAAACACAAGCCCUGGUGGCCCACACCUCUAACAUGACAAACUCAAAUGCUUCAACAGCUGGAUAGGAAGGGAAAUUACCACCAGGCUCAGUCGUAGGAAAACAAACCCUAAGGUGAAAGGGCAGCCCACUUGAACCUCUCCAGCAGUAUUGAUUGCCCUUACGCUCGUGAUGACUCAAGUGCACCCAAGGGGAUACAACUAUACAGAGGAAUUUUAUUUUUAUAAGUAGCUGAUGAUGUAAUCCUGAAUUUGACUGAAAAUGAGGUGAUGUGAUUUUGAUGGAAAGACAAGGAUGCUUUGUUGCUUACGGAGAUCAUCACCCAGGUGGCCUCAGAGUUGGGAACUCUGUUGAGGGAAAGUAUUUUGUAGCAAUUUACUCAUGGUUGCUUCAGGUAUUUCUUAAUGCCGUGUCUAGAAGCAAAUUCUUUGCUGCUGAGCUAGAGAGUGCAGUAUUAAUGUGGUUGGAAAGUUAGGGGUUGUUUGCAUUUUAAGGAAACUCUUUUUACUGGAAUAGAAGCGGGGGACACUUCUUUUCAGGGGUGUAAUUUUUGUCUCUUGCAGGCCAUGGUGGUUUUGGCCUCCCUGACCCAAAUGAUGCCUUCUGGGGCUCUAAGCUGGGUGUGCCAGGGCACAAUGACACUGCCAGCACCCCACCUUGUCACCCCCCUGAGCAAACCUCUGAGCUGUGUUCAGUUCGGAUGCAUCAGGCGCACCCUGGGAAGGGUAAGCACAGACCUCUUCCCCUCAGUGAACUCCUUCAGAGAUGGCUCCUGAGAUCAGAGAUCUCCGUGCAGGUCUGUGCUGUCCCAGGGAGCUGCUCAGCCCUGCAGGGCCCCAGGUGGGCAGGGGGUGUUGGAUGAGGACAGGAGAGCACGAAAGAGGAGUCACAGGCACUUCUCAAGGACUCAUUUGCUGGCAGGAGGUCUAGUCAGUAUUAUUUGCUAAAAAAUACUAAUAAUAGUCUAUAGUGGUGCUUCUCAGACACCCAGGCUCAGUCAUGGAAUUACUUCCUCGUGUGCAGCCUGAGUGGGAGUGCUGAGCUGGGUGCAGGUUGCAAGGUCCAGGACAGAAGUCCAAGAAGAAAGAAGGGUGAAGCCUUUCCAGGAGAGGACUCUGAAGCUGCUGAUUGUGGCAGGUUUCUGUGAACUGGCCACAUGCACUGAAAAGCUUUGCAGGGCAGUGGAGGUGUCAGUCGGCCCCAGGGCUGCGCUCCUCAGGGCCGCUCAGCAAACACUACCUGCUGCAAGGGAGCAGCAAGGGAGGCCUUGGGAGCUUUGCUAAGAGAAGAACUUGCCUCAGAAAUUUGAUUCAGCAAACUCUGGGCCUGUGGGCAGAGGUGAAGGCUUUCCUGGAACCAACCACUAAAUGUGUGGGCAGGUGCUGCUGGUGCUGCACUGAGGGCAGCGCUGGUGGGCAGGUGCAGGAAGCUGCUGUUCGUUGUCCCCACCUGGGCCCAGCCCCAUUUGCAGCUUCCCAGCUGCCAGCAGCACCUCAGGGCUUUUCCAGCUUCCCCCGGGCAGCCCGAGGACUCUGCGGCAGAGCAGGGGCUGGAGAGGGGCUGUGGUACAGCACCGGCUGCUGUGCCGGUGUGGCUCAGCCUGGCAGUGUCUGCCUGCACAGGGAGGACUGAAGUGUCUCCAGCAAGGUGAGGACCCCACCCCACACAGGCACAACCAUGUGCUGCUACAAUGAGAACCUGUGUUCCCUGCAGCUCUCAAAAGUGGGAAUCUAAUUUUAUAAAUGAAUACUCUAAAGUAUCUUAUACUGAACAAAAAUUUGUAUUUUUCUUCUGUGAAGAGCUGUAUCUCUUUGUUCUGGGGAGGGGGUGGUUCUUACAUUUUUAAAUAAAGCCACAAGAAAUAAAAGCACAAGGGGCACAGCUUGUGCUUUAUUUGCUAUCACACAGCUGAGCACCUGCCCGAGGAAGAGGGGCCCCUUGCAGCCUCACCUCAGCCCCUGCAGGGAGCGGGAGUGGGAGCAGCAGGAGAGGCAGGACUGGCCUUGGGCUCUUCACUCCAAAUGGACCCUGGGCCAUCUGCCCAUUUCUCCAUGUUUCAUAGAAAGGUUCCUAGUGGGCAUCAGUCCAUGGGUGCAGUGACAAGUGUGUGUGUUUGAAUGAAAAUCCUCAUGGCUGCAGUUAAAAACCAACAGCUCGCACCUGGACUGACACCUGGAGGGGGCAAGGACGCGCCGGACGGGACCAGUGCUCUGCAAACACGAGAGAGGCCGGAGUACACAGUAAAAGCCAGUAUCUUUACUUUAGUGAAUGCAGGAUACAAAUAUUUUACAACAACCUCUAGCAUUUUCUUAACCAUUUGAUAAAAAGUUCACUAGAAUAUUUAUUGUAUAUUGAAGAAAAAACAACACAUUCAGGGAAAAAAAUUGAGAUUAACUUAUUUUUUUUCUUAAAAGAUUCGUCUCAAGGAUGGCAACAAAGUCCAGCUUGUGCCGCCAAACGGCUUAUCAGCAUUAAACCGUGAACAGCUUCUUGUGAACUGUUGACUACAAACAUUUACCAAAUACAUAAAUCUCUUUUAAAAAAGCCAUUUUAAAUAUAGCAAAGCAGUGUUCUCUUGCACAGCAAAGUGAAGAAAGGUUCUACUAAGAUUUAAAUGUUUACAUUGGUUAAGUCUUUCUUUCACAUUCGGAUUUAACUUCUGCCCAGGAUCAAUUGUUAGGAGUUGUUUUGUUCCUUAUUUACUAUGUAUUUCUUGUGCGCACAGUAACUCGCAAGUUUCUGAUGCAUUAGUGUCCUUGGAGGGAAGGCAAGGCUAAAGCAGUUCUCUCUGACGAGUCCCUGACAACGUGGCGUUCUCAAAACUAUCGUGAGCGCUCGAGGAUGGAGGUGAUUUGUCACAACAGAGAUAAAAAUCUUAAAUCAUUCAGACCUGACUGGGUUCAGCCCAGGAUUGGAUCCACUUGCACUUCAGUCAGCAGAGAUAAUUUUAAAAAGUUUUUUUUUUAACCUGUUGAAAUAUCUGUGCUAUGUCAUCUCUUUUUUUAUAUAUAAAACAUUUUUACAAUUUCUAAAAAAGUAUGUUUCAAAGUGAGUUACUUGUUAUUAAAAACCAGGAUUCCCAAGUCCUCGGUGGCAGGAGGUGCUCCCCGAGACCAGAGGGCCGUGGAAGGACGUUUCUGCCGGGGCUGAGGCAGCACAGGGCCACUCCUUUGCCCAGCUCUUUAGAACUGAUUAUUUUUAUUUUUAUUUUUAAUUCAUUGGUGCAAUUUCAAUACAAACUCUAACCCUUGUGUAGCUUUGUCUUUAAGAAAACAGUAGUUAAGUACUGUUUAAAAACCUGCAUAGAAAUAAAGACUAUUGAGAUACAGUCAGCAAAGCCAUCUGAUAAGGCACACAAGAAAAUAGACAGUAAAUGUGAAUGCAGAACUCCCACUCGGAUGUACAGCAAAGUUCAUACAGGUGCAUAAAUCAUGGAACUCACAUCACUGGUCAGAGCAGCAAAAGGUUCCAGGGAGCAGCAAGUGAAUUCGGUCCCUGGGGACACCGUGGUCAU